AUGCUUCGUGUCUGGACCGUUUCGGGCAAAGAACUCCUAGCGGCUCCAGUGGAAGUGCUGGGCGACGUGUGGUGCCUGAAGUUGUUACUGCGAGAUAUCUGCGAUUACCCUUCAUGCCUGCUGCAACUGUUGCACGAGGGCAGAGUCUUGGACGACGAUGCCCCUUUAGGGUCUUCCAUGUAUGUACAGCUUGUAUUGUUGCGGUGGGAUGGGACGAACAUGAAGCACUGUCUUGCAGACGACUUGUGUGAGGCGUGUGUGUGCGGCGAAGAAAAACUUGUUCGGAUGGUGCUGAAAACAGGCUUUGGAAUCACAAGCUUCCACGAGCUUGAGGACACCCACUCCAAUCCCUUUUGCUUGGCAUGUGGCCAAGGCCACAGAGAAAUUGUUCGGCUGCUGAUGUCAUAUCAUCCCGAAGAUUGGGCAGCCUAUGGCGGUCUUACAGAUGCUUCUCGCAAUGGCCAUGUGGAAGUUGUCCGUCUUCUGCUGGAGGCGGAUGCCAACCUGCCAUUGGGAUUGUCGAUGACUCGGGACGAGUAUGGUUUCGCUCUUGUGGGAGCCUCUGAGAAGGGCCACUCCAAGGUCGUUGCGCUUUUGCUGGAAGCGCUGCCUGUGGCUGCCGCUCGGGAGCGCCAAGCAAGGUUAAAUUGGGACCUUGGUUGGGGCUUUUACUACGAGCUGGCACUGAAGAUGUCUUGUCGCAAGGGCUUUGCAGAAGUUGCACAGCUCCUGCUUCAAGCUCGCUCCACUGCAAGUUCUCGUGCUGCAGCACUUCGUGAGGCAGCCCGGAAGUGCAACGCGGAGGUUGCGCACAUUCUGCUCAUGGCAGGUGUCACCAGAAAAGUACGUGAAAGGACCCUAUACAAAGCCGCGAAGAGGGGCCACGCCGCAAUUGCAAGCAUCCUGGUGGAUGCAGGUGUGACGGCAGAGGGGUCUGCGGCAGCUCUGCUGAAAGCAGCUGGCCGAGGCCACUUGGAAGUUGUCAGGGUCCUGUCGGAGCCCGGCAUCACGAAGAUGCAGUACCUUGACCGCGCACUAUGUAGAGCUUCUGCUCGUGGACAUGAUGAAGUCGAACUCCUCCUUCGGAUUGCCCGCACCAGGAGGAAGGCUAGAACAGGUACUCUUGCCAAGGGAUUGCGUCGCAAGUGCGGAAAAUAG